UGUACAGCGCAGUGGACGCCUACGAUCCAUUCACUUGAUUUGAUAUUUGUUUAUUUGGUGCAAUGUCUAUUUUUGGUCUUGUCCGUAGGUUUAUCUUGUAGAUUUUUGUUUUACGUGUGCGGUCCUCCUGCACUUACUAUUAAGGUAGCCAAAUGCCUCGUCAUGGAAUUAAUGUCGAGUUUGAAUGGAUUAACGAGAUUUGCACUCUCCCUAACUACUAACUAUCAAAGCUACAGCAUGGAAGCUUUUCGGAUGUCUCUGUUAUGUAAUGAAUGUGGGGUAUGGUGGCACUCAAUUCCCCCAACUACACCUAAAGUUAUAGACUUUCAGUAAUUUAUAUAGAUGCUAUGUGUGUAUUAUUUACAUUAUUACCUAGUUACGUCGAUUGUGCUUGUAACUUGACAACUACAUUGAUCCAUUAUUCAACUACAGUUCCCGUUCUAUCCAUGUUGUUGCACGCGGCACUAGUUUAAAUGACGUCAUCAUAGAUUUGGACAUUUCAUCAAGUGUAGGCCUAAAAUAAAUUUUAUGACAAUCAACGACUGUGAAUGUUUAUUGGCACGACAACACCAGGUUUUCUUGUACAAAACAUUAUUGUGUUUGAUUCAAGACAGAAAGUAAACAAAUCACCUGUCGAUUUCACAGAUUUGAUAUGGUAUGAUUGGAUAUGGUAUGAAACUCCAUGCUGGUAUGUGUUAAGGUUUUCAAAAUACUAAACCCGGAUUUCAUUAACUUGUUAUCAAGGAAACCAUCAUGGAGGCGACUAGUGUUACUUAUCGAAAAAAAAACUCUAACUUUACCUUUUAAAUAUAGCAUAGAUCAUAUUGGCACCCAUUCCUUAGCGUGGGGUGCUUUUUUCAAAAUCCUUUCCUGUUUCAUAAGUGGUCAUUUUUACAACAAUACGUUUAAUAUUCGGAACAGUUUGAACAUUGAAUCAGCGUGCAACUGGCACUAUCCUAAUAAUAUUGCGUCUUCUUGGUUCAACAACGGUCUAAACCCCAUCAAGGAAAAUAGUGAAACUGUUACAGCUGUCGUGCCUAUAGGCGAGGUUCUAAACUUUUACUUAAAUGUCACUGCGGUCGAAGAGAUGGACAUUUUUUAUACUGUAAAUGACGCACUACCGUUAAAAGCACCCUUUAGUUUCAGAUGUGCAAAGCUCGAGUUAUUUCAGAUGUCAUGGGAAUACAUUUACAUCGAACCGUUCAACAAAAUAAUCCAAAUUGAAAAAGAUCUCUUCAAGAUGAAAUUGUGUCUGAGUCCAGAUGGAUACGGAACUUAUAAAUUUUUUAUAAGUCAACAAGUUUUUAACAAGAAGUUGAAUACAUCAGAGAUAAUAGAGUUUCAAUAUCCUAGCGUGGUUAACGUCUUGGCUGAUAAAUCACAACUAUAUGAUAAUAUAUUCUUUACUUUUUCGACAAUUAAUAAUGGACCCCUCGAAAUAAAUGAAUCUACGGCUGGAUAUAUUCUAGCAGAGACCAGACUUUUUUGUAUUAUUGAUUUUAUUAUUGUUGUAGCCAUCGAAAGAGUGGCUUUUUACUUGGCAUUAUGGUUAUCAAAUAAUUAUGUUUUUACGUUAUUUGCUUUGUGUCAGUUUAUUAAACCCCGAAAUGCUCAUUUUACACGUGUAUUAGAAAACCAUUCGUGUAGUGUUCACUAUGAAGGCUAUACAAGUAUCCUUGAGAUUUUAAUUCUUCUUAGUUUCCCAAUCUUAAAUCUGUAUGUGACGGACACUACAUUACGGGAAUAUCUUUUAUAUAUUGGUUUAGCAUAUUUCUUUUACUGGACUUUUCUGAAUCAUGAAUUGAUCUUUACCUAUUAUGAACCAGUUUCAGAUGACAAUCGUGAAUUGGAAGCAUUAGGUGGAAUUCCUCCCAUUGAUGAGAUUGUAAAAAAGUAUGAUAUUUAUAUAUCUUAUUCUGAUCGCGAUUUUUUAUUCGUUGGAGAAGAAAUUCUACCUAUUUUACGAAACAGAGGGAUACGGUUGUUUUUUCGGCAUUGCGAUAUAUUGCCUGGAAAGCCAGUCUUCUAUGAAAGUGAACGCGCGAUUUGUUCGAGCAAGGCAUUUAUCGUAGUGGCUACCGAUAACUAUUUAAAUGACUACAGUCGAAAUAACUUCGAAUUUGGGCUUGUAAAAAAAAGUCGUUAACCAAUCCGAUAUUCCAGAUACUAAUCUGUUAAUUUUGAUUUCCUCGACUUGUGCUUGGAAUGAGCAUGUGUUUGAUAAAUACAUGAUAAUUGCUAUGAAAGAUGAUAGGGUUUUAGACGAUGACGAGAAAUAUGAAAUUGGUUUAUGGCUAUGUCAAAUUGAUGAUGACUGUAAUGGCCUCGCUAUUGGACAUGGUUAAAGAUGCCCUGUGGGAAAUUCAGAUAAAGAGCUGAUCGUUGUUGACAUGAUAGAUCUAAAUUAGAUAACAACAAAUGAAUAUAUUGAAAUUUCAGUCAAAUUACUUGAUUCUCAGCCAUGUUAUCAGUUUUUAAGUCUUAACAAAGAAUUGAACAAGGAGUAUUGGUUUAGAGCCCGUAACGGAGGAUCAACCCUAGAUAUAAAAUUGUUCUGAUUGAGAUACAAGUUUUAACAUUCAUGUAAUAGGACUCGUUUGUAGGAAAUAGUAAAAAAGAAGAAUAAGAUACCGUUUCAGGGCCGUGUUAACCAAUGGACUUGUUAUUUAUUUAUCUAUUUAUUUAUUUAUUUAUAUUAAGUUAAAGGCAGUUUUAACACAUACUUACUCGUUUUUUAAGAUUAUACUCUGUUUUAAACAAAUGUGCCGAGAAAAAAAGAUUAAGACUAAAAAAGUUUUACCCCAUUUUAUAGUUGUGUGACGUCUGUAGUUAAAAACAGCAGUCCAUUGAGAAUUCUUAAUUUUUUGCUUUCAUCAAUUCAUCCUCUUUUUAAAAAUGAUGAUCAGAUCUACUAUACGGCUGCUAUGAUAACUAAAUUUAAUGUUGAGCUGCCAUUCAUUACUGGGUGGAUCUCUCUCUCUCAUCGCUCUCUCUCGUGUCUAUUCUGUUUAACCAAAACACUAACUUAUGUUACAAACAUGCCUGUAAUAGACCACGGAAAAUAACCAUUUUUCUAUGAUUCACAUGCAAUGUUGACGUCUGCGCACAGUCUCUUAAUUAAAUGCUAUUUUUAUUAUUAUUUAACACUCUGAAGCAAGAGUUCAAAGCCAGAUCAUUCCCAUAAGCGAGAUGUUAUAUGUUUUUUUAUGUUUAUGAUUGUGAUUUGAGUGUAACUGUUUCUAGUUUGAAUAAACACUGAAUAAUAUUUGUGUUGUCAUUACCCCCAACAAAACAAUACUUAUACCCGAGCUCUCCAUUUUGUCUAUAUUUUCAAUACUAAUUGCUAGAUUUAAGAAAACCAAUUUACAAGAAAAAAGUUAUCUUAUUGCAUUAUAUAUUUCCAUCUCUACA